AUGGCGAGUUGCUUCAGCUACGUGUCUUCUCGUAACAAAUGUUACCAAUACAGCUUCUCACGCGCCGGUCUCCGAUCAUCUACCUCRGAUCUCGGCGACGGCACCGUCGUCCACUGCUGGGUCCCACAAACCCACAUCGACUCCAAACCCACUCUCCUCCUCCUCCACGGGAUCGGAGCUAACGCCAUGUGGCAGUGGGACCGGUUCAUCGACCGGUUUAUUCCCCGGUUCAACGUCUACGUACCGGACCUCAUCUUCUUCGGCGAGUCAUAA